UGCACUUGUUAACCAAAUAAAUCAGAAAAACUGCCAAUAAAUUAUAUUAUGCCUUAAUUGAAUAAUAAUCACUGCUCUAACGCGGAAAAAGGAAACGCACUUUAUUUUUUUAAAGUGUUCAUCUAGUGUUAAAAUAAAAAUAAUUUCAACUGAUUACGUUCAUAUGUGGUCCAAAAUGAGUUUUUUUGAACAUAUCAGCGGUUCCGACGUUUCUCGUAGAGCUAGUGAUGCAUCUAAAGAUGAUUCGGACAGUGACAGCUCAGAGGCAUUCGAAAUAGAAUUCGAAGAAGUAAUUUAUUUUAUACCGGUCUGCGUUCUCUUGGACUAUUUGAGAACAAUAUUAUUAUUUUUGGAAAGUUCUAAAGUUAUUAUAACGUUCACGAAUAUUUCGCGUUUCGAUUUAUAUUUUUUGAGGAAUAUUGCGCAGGAUAACAGCAAUCUUAAUUGCCAGUAUUUUAGUGAAGACUGCAAAAAGAUCUGCAGGAAAAUUUCGCGUAUUUUGGAAAGUGAACGGGAAGUGUAUAGGUUGGACUGCGUCUUUAAAAUUAAAUAUGGUAAUAAAAAAUAGGAGUCGAAGGGGUGGCGGCUCUUCUCUCCGAGGGUGGAGCGACGCCCGGUGCAAGGGGGAGGCUGGACACCCCUGACCCAUAUCGACGGGGGACCGACACAUGCGCAAAUAAUAACAGAGCUACGAAAUACAGAACUAACAGCUGGCACCAUCGGAGCAUUGCCGUCACGCCACUACCGCGAAACGAUCUUGGACUUUAUGAACGACGAGACCCGACUAAUUUUAGAGUACCCUCGUUUGACGAGCGAACGAGUCAAUUACAUAUGCAAGUUACUGUCGUCGUGUAAUAUGGAUCGGACCGACGACCUCUGUGUGACCUUUCAGCGGGUAUUGGAGACUUGUGUCCAGGAUCACGACUACAACCUCACUGUUGCCACCAAUGAAGACGAAACAAGUUGCGCUGUUUUAGAGAAGAUACCCAGGGCUGGAAAACGAAAUGCUGAAGCCGAGGUCUCAGAUUCGUCGUCUAACAGUUGCGAAAUGGAUACCGGGAGUAGAGCUGAGGGAGAGCCGGGCACGUCCGGUACCCCCCAGACAGCGUCGGAGCUUUUAUUGCCUUUAAAACGAAUCGAUUUCAAACUCGGCUCGAACAGGUCGGACACUCACAGUAUCGGUGACAGUAAACCAGUCAAGCCGAAAUAUCGGCUGGGCAGGUGGCAGAUAAAAUUACUAAACGACAUGUCCGUCCCGGUAAAGUGCAAUAAGGCUUUGAAGAUGAUGGAAAAUAUGGGAUGGAAUGGUGGAGCCCUGGGAGCGAGAGGCAAUGGGAUAACAGAGCCGUUGGUACCUCAGCUCAGAAUGGCAUCAGGCACCGGCUUAGGGCAUACGCCGUCCACAUCUCGACCCGAACCCGCGACAAAGUCCGCCUUCAGACAGGACCAGCUAAACCUAAUCCUGCACCUCCUGAUUAACAAUUUGGACGAAACGAAAGCUCACUACAAGAGGCAGCUGAAGAAGAAGGAGAUGAGCUUCAUCGAUCACGCCCUGACAGCUGUCAAUAACAGGGUCAAGUUCAAUCUGUCGCAGCCAGAGGAGACGGGUCUGAUGUUGAAGAUCCUCGAUCAGUUGGUCGGUGUGCCCUGCGUGCGGUUUGUGGCUUUCGUCUCUAAAGACAGAAAGCAACUCAAAAUUAAAAAGAUCACUAAAACACAUUCCUACGACGAGAAAAUAAGUAAAUCUAUGAUAAAGGACAUCGCCGAUACCAUAAUAUCGGGCGAGCAAACCGACUCGCGCGUUACCAGCGAUGUUUACAAGAAGAUCUUGGAUAGACUGAUCCUGCCGUACGGUCCGAGUUUCUACCCGAAGAAAACGAUAAACGAGCUAUCAUUCAAAACUACCAUUUUGGUACAAAUAAUGCAGUUCGCGAGGAGUUCCGUUAUCGAGCGCUCUUUAAACUUCGAAUCGACUUUGACUCGGUCCGAGAGAGCGUUUGUGAGUCAAGCCGUGCUACAGUUGAACAAACGAAGCGGGUCCUUGAAGGAUUCCUUCCUGCGGCUCGUGUAUACCGUGACGCAGGAGUGCGUUGGGAAGCUGUAUUUAGAUGCCGCCUUUGCCGACAAUGACUACACCGUUGUCCUGCGCAAGAUAAACAGGACCUUAUUCAAUGCCAACGAGAAACGUCUUUGUGAACUCAAGAAGGAUAACAAGGCAAUAUACAGGAAUCACGCUAUUGCCUACGAUCCUAUAUUCGGAGAGCGUGACGAAUCUGACAGUGUCGAGGAGGACGCGGGAGACUCCGAGAACCCUGAUGCAGCGGAAGACGCUUCGUACGAAGCGAAUGCGUCCGCUUCCGUAGCCGUAGCUCCGAAUCCGGCAACACCGAGCCCGUCCCGCCCCAAAGGGAAAAAACGCAAAAACUACCAAAAAGUGUUGCUGUUGCCGAAAAAUCAUCCGGACGAGGUCCUCGAUAACGGUUUCCUGCUCAAAAUACAUUCGGUGCUUGCCUCGAGGCCUACGGAUUUGGACGAUCAAGGCCUGAAAUGCCACGGCAUUUAUAACGGCGGUUUGGUUCUGUGUUGCCACAGCGAAAACGGCUACUAUUGGCUCAGGGAGGCCUGUGACGCGAACGAUAUAUCGGUGUCGGACGUGAAACGCGUCUCUACUGAUAAUAAUAUAAAAAUGUCGUUGAAAAUACAUGUCGAUAAAAUGGUUAAUUUGGAUGUGGAUUGCGCGUGCGGUCUGCUAAGAUCCUUGACCGCGCACAAUAAGGGUUUGCGCUCCAAGCGAUGGUCCGUGGUCGGAAGACAGCAAUCCUACGAAUUUAACUUCGUCCUGUUGACAAUCGAGAUAGACGUGAAAUCGUUCAAUUACCUACUAAAUUCGGGAUUCGUUUUGAACGCUGGCAAUUAUACGUACGAAUUUAGUUAUCUGUGCGAUUGAAUGUUGUAGUAGAAAAAAAAAAUGAAAAAAAAAAAAUUGAAAAAAAAUAUAUAUUUAUGUAUAUAGUUUUUCGAACGUAUUAUUAAGAUUAAUGUAGUGGUUAUUGAAUGUUUAGAAUUAUCUGCCGUCUAUUAUAAAUUAGUAUGAAUAUUUGUAGGUCAUAAAAACAUGGAGAUAUGAUCGAUUGAUGUUGAUAAUUAAUAAUUAUUAAUGUUCUUAAUUUUGUAAGCUAUAAUAUUGGCACUACUGUUUUACUGAUACGAUCGUCAUGUUGGCACUACUUUAUUCUUGGCUACAAUAAAUUACUGGCAUGAUCUGGGUGAAAUAAAAAAAUAAAAUAGGAACGGUUGAAAAAUGAGUUGGAUUGUAACUUCAUAAUAAAAUAUCUCUUUUGUUUUUGUGAUCUAAGUCUUGUUUACAAGGGUCCUUCCUUCGAUACGAUAAUUUUGACAUAAUAAUAUGUCGACAUAACAAGUGUAGGUUUCGUCAUUUACACAUGACGACGUUAGAACCAUAUUCCAACAUUUGAUACCGUAAUGAUUCUAACGCGAUUAUUAUUUUUCGUCAAUUUAAAACGAGAAUUUAAAAAAUUAAAACAUCAAAUAACCGCUGUACACUUUUUGUUAUGGCUUGAUAUCGGCUACUCAAUCGGAACCGAUAUAUCGUGUCGGCUGAUAUAAAAACGCUUUUAAUCCUUCAAGAUUCAAUAAAAAACCUACCAAAUAGAAUAGUUUAGUUUCGA